UUGAAACAUUGAAAUGGGAAAGAAUUACCAAAUCAUAAACAAAGAGAGUGAGUCCCAAGGCCAAGGUGUUUGUGAAAAGAUUUUCAAAUUAGCAGUGAAUAUAAGUCCAACUUUUCGAUCAUUUCGCCGAAAUUCUCCACAAUUUGUUACUAAUACGAAGCCAAAAAUAGAUCAUCAGAGGAAUUAUACAGCUAAUAUAUCCAAACCAGUUGCUAUUGUUGAUCAACUUGAGUUAAAUCGCCAGCAAAUUCCAUCUCAAAACUUGUCUACUGCCUCCAACAAUAUGGUGCUCGUAGAAUAUAAUCACAUAGCAGGAGGGAAUAGUGCAACUACGCGCAAGUUCAAGGGUGAACCUAUGAAAGAUGUGAACAAGUCCUCUGUAAAGAACGUGAUCAGUAUAGUUCAUCAUCAUGAGAUAAAUGAAGGUCCUAAAGAUGAUAAUGACAGAUUUUCUAAUUAUAUUGAUCAUGUCAAAAACAAGAUGAGAAGUAUCUCUAGUUUUGAUGACAAGUAUGGCUAGUUUUGAUGAUGAUAAAGUCACUUACUACUAUUUCAAGUUCAACAUU